UUCCCUGAUCAUUGGCUUAACUGGAAACACGUGACCCUUAGUGACGCAACCAUAUCUUUUUGUUUGGAAGCUCUCUGACAAUACACGCUCUGGCAAGCUAGCUUCCUAGCGUUAGCUAAAGCGAACAGUAAUAUUUUUUCAUUGAGCCCUCCAUAUACCAUGGUAGAAAUACCGCCCCUAAAUGGAAAACAGGAUGUUAUAUUUGAGGACGAUGAUCUUCCGUAUGAAGAGGAAAUUAUCAGAAAUCCGUAUUCAGUCAAGUGUUGGAUGCGUUACAUCGAGUUUAAACAGAAUGCGGCCAAGCCCGUCCUCAAUUUGAUCUAUGAACGGGCUCUGAAAGAGCUACCUGGAAGUUAUAAACUAUGGUACAAUUACCUGAGAGAGAGGAGGAAACAAGUCAAAGGGAAAUGUAUAAAUGAACCAGUUUAUGAGGAAAUCAACAACUGCCAUGAAAGAGCACUCGUGUUUAUGCAUAAGAUGCCAAGGAUAUGGAUCGAUUACUGCCAGUUCCUGGUGUUGCAGUGUAAGAUCACGAGGAGUCGGCGAUCAUUUGACCGUGCGCUGCGAGCCCUUCCCGUUACUCAACAUCCACGCAUCUGGCCUCUCUAUCUUCGCUUUGUCCGGAACCUGCCUCUGCCUGAGACGGCCAUACGGGUCUACCGCAGAUACCUUAAGCUUUCUCCAGAGAAUGCAGAGGAUUACAUUGAGUACUUAAAGUCUGUUGGCCGACUGGAUGAAGCUGCCGUGCGUCUUGCGGCUGUUGUCAAUGAUGAAAGCUUUGUCUCCAAGGAAGGCAAAUCUAACUAUCAGUUGUGGCACGAGUUGUGCGACCUGAUUUCACAGAACCCCGACAAGGUGACUUCCCUAAAUGUUGGCGCCAUCAUCCGGGGUGGGCUCACUCGCUUUACAGACCAGCUUGGCAAGCUUUGGUGUUCCUUGGCUGAUUAUUACAUCAGGAGCGGCCUCUUUGAAAAGGCCCGGGAUGUGUACGAGGAGGCCAUUCUCACCGUGGUUACUGUCAGGGAUUUCACACAAGUCUUUGACAGUUACGCUCAGUUUGAGGAGAGCAUGAUCGCAGCCAAGAUGGAGACGACCUCCGAGAUGGGCCAGGACGAAGAAGAUGACAUUGAUCUCGAGCUUCGACUUGCACGCUUUGAGGAGCUGAUAGCGCGACGACCUCUUCUUCUGAACAGUGUACUGCUACGCCAGAACCCCCACAAUGUCCACGAGUGGCACAAACGUGUGAAACUGUACGAGGGUGUUCCACGACAGAUCAUCAACACAUACACAGAGGCAGUGCAGACCGUUGAUCCCAUGAAAGCCACCGGGAAGCCUCAGACGCUUUGGGUCACAUUUGCAAAAUUCUAUGAGGAUAAUGAGCAGCUGGAUGAUGCCCGGACCAUCUUUGAGAGGGCCACCAAAGUCAACUACAAGCAGGUGGACGACCUGGCCACAGUGUGGUGCGAAUAUGGGGAGAUGGAACUCCGGCACGAGAACUACGAACAGGCGCUCAGAAUAUUGAGGAAAGCAACGGCCAUUCCAUCCAAGAAGGCUGAGUACUUCGAUGCCUCUGAGCCGGUCCAAAACCGGGUCUACAAGUCUUUGAAGGUCUGGUCCAUGUUGGCAGACUUGGAAGAGAGUCUUGGCACAUUCCAGUCGACGAAAGCAGUGUACGACCGUAUUAUUGACCUGCGCAUCGCCACUCCGCAGAUCGUCAUCAAUUAUGCCAUGUUCCUUGAAGAGCACAACUUCUUUGAGGAGAGCUUCAAAGCGUAUGAGCGUGGCAUCGCCCUCUUCAAGUGGCCAAACGUUUACGACAUCUGGAACACUUACCUCACCAAGUUCAUUGACCGAUACGGAGGCAAGAAGCUGGAGAGAGCCAGAGAUCUAUUCGAGCAAGCCGUCGACGGCUGCCCUGCCAAAUUCGCAAAGACCAUCUACCUGCUGUAUGCCAAGCUGGAGGAGGAGUACGGACUGGCGCGCCACGCCAUGGCGGUUUACGAAAGAGCGACGGAGGCGGUAGAAAAUGAGGAGAGACACCAGAUGUUCAAUAUCUACAUCAAGAGAGCGGCUGAAAUAUAUGGCGUCACGUACACGAGGGCCAUUUACCAGAAGGCUAUCGAGGUACUCCCCGAUGAGCAUUCCAGGGACAUGUGCUUGCGAUUCGCCGACAUGGAGAGCAAACUCGGUGAAAUCGAUCGGGCCAGAGCCAUCUAUUCCUACUGCUCGCAGAUCUGCGACCCCAGGGUCACAGCUGUUUUUUGGCAGACGUGGAAGGAAUUCGAGAUCCGCCACGGAAACGAGGACACUAUUCGAGAGAUGCUGAGAAUCAAGCGCAGCGUCCAGGCUACUUACAAUACUCAGGUCAACUUCAUGUCCUCUCAGAUGCUGAAGGCCACAACGAGCUCCACAGGCACCGUCUCAGAUCUUGCUCCAGGCCAGUUAGGAAUUGACGACAUGAAGAUGUUGGAGCAGAAAGCGCAGGAGCUCGCGGCAGAGGCGGCACAGGAUAAACCCAAGCCAAAAGAAAAGAUUCUUUUUAUCAGGAGUGACACAUCUCGCAGCGAGUUGGCCGAGCUCGCCAAACAGGCCAAUCCAGAUGAGAUCGAUAUUGAUGAUGAGGAUGAGGACGACGGGCAGGGCCCGGAGGAAGUGCAGCUGGAACAGAAGAGCGUCCCGACUGCUGUCUACGGUGGCCUGAAAGACGAUUGAGCAAAUGCUCUCAAGAAGACUUUCUUGCUUUUGUAACAAUGGCGUCGUAUGUCCCCAUAGCAUAAAAUAAAUAAUUGUGUAUA